UCCAGGAUGCACCGCGCUCUGGCCGGCGCUGGUUUGGGGGAAUACCCGGGCUCUAUCCAGGGGUCGGGUCGGGGCCAGGGGCAAAACGCUGUCGAGCCGGUUCCCGCGGAGCCGCCAUGGCUCACCCGGCUUGGGUAACCGUGACAUUUGAUGAUGUGGCCUUAUAUUUUACGGAGCAAGAGUGGGAGAUCCUGGAGAAAUGGCAGAAGGAAAUGUAUAAGCAAGAGAUGAAGACCAAUUAUGAGACCCUCGAUUCCCUGGGCUAUGCUUUUUACAAGCCAGAUUUGAUCACAUGGAUGGAACAGGGGAGAAUGUUAUUAAUCAGAGAUCAGGAAUGCUUAGAGAAAAGACUGACAAUUAGCCCUUCUGAUGAGCAGUUGGACUUGAAGAACACUGGAAAGGCACUGUGUUUUGGUGACCAAGGAACUUUUGGGACAAAAGAAGAAGAAUCUCAUUUAAAUGGUCUUCAAAAGCAUGACUUGUGCGCUACUUUAUUAGGGGAGAGAAGAAAGAUUUUAUCGAAUCGAAGAUCCAUCUUCCAGUCUCCAAGUCUGGAGAAAACAGAGAUUAUACACAAAAAACUCAAUGUCACAGCUCCUAACCAGGACAGAAAAGGUCUGUGGCAUAAGUCUCCAGAUACACCAGGUCACUUGGAAAUUCCGGCAGAGCCAAGAGUUUAUUACUGCUAUGUCUGUGGGAAAGUCUUCCAGGUAAAGAGUGACUUGGUAAACCACAAAAGGUGCCACUCCAAGAACCAGCUGUAUAAAUAUCCAAAAUCCAAGAACAAAUCCAGAGGGAAAUCUGAAUUCAGGUGGAGCCAGAGGUUCCCUUAUAAAAGGCAGCGGUUCCAGUGCAAUCAAUGUGAGAAGAGCUACAGUCUGAAGGACAGCCUAGUCGCUCACCAGGUUGUCCACACAGGACAGCGGCCCUACCCCUGCCCUGAAUGUGACAAGACCUUCCGGUAUAGAGCCAACUUAAAGAAGCACCUGUGUUUGCACAAAGGAGAAAGGCCCUUUUGCUGUGAGGAGUGUGGCAAGGCUUUCAUUGAGCAGUGUGAGCUCACUGAGCACCUCCGGUUACACAGUGGGGAGAAGCCUUUCCAGUGUCCGCUGUGUGGCAGGAGCUUCCACCUGAAGAGAGGGAUGAAGGUCCAUUUUUCCCAGCAUAGUGGGAAGAAGCCCUUCCACUGUCCAGAGUGUGACCGAAGCUUUUCUCAGGAGGCUAUUUUGAAGACCCACCAAAGGACACGUAGUGAAGAGAAGCCAUUUUCUUGCGAUAAUUGUGGCAGGAAAUUCAUCUACAGGAUUAAACUCAAUGAGCAUAUCAGAGUUCAUACGGGAGAGAAGCCCUUUUCAUGUCCUGAGUGUAAUAAAAGUUUCCGCCUAAAGAGAAGCCUAAAAGCCCAUCGGUUGCAGCACAGUGGACAGAAGCCCUUCCAAUGCCCAGAGUGUAACAAGAGCUUCUUCUGGAGGAAUGCCAUGGAGGCCCACCAGCGUCUACAUAGUGAGGAGAAGCCAUUCUCCUGUGAGGAGUGUGGCAAGAGGUUCACCCGGCCCUCCAAGCUUGCCUGCCAUGCCAGAGUUCAUAGCAGACAAAGGGAAUUCCCCUGUGGGGAGUGCAAAAAGACCUUUUCUCAGCAGGCAGCCCUCACACAGCACCUCAAGAUCCACGCCACAGAAAAGCCAUUCUCCUGUGCUGAGUGCAGCCGGAGCUUCCGCCGACGUGCACAUCUCACUGAGCACAUGAGGCUUCACAGUGGGGAGGAGCCUUUUCAGUGUCCUGAGUGUGACAAGAGCUUCUCCUGGAAGGCUUCCCUGAAGUUCCACCAGCGGACACACAGGGACGAGAAGCCCUUCAGGUGUAGUGAGUGUAGCAAGACUUACACUCAUCAGUCUCAGCUCACUGAACAUCUGAGAGUGCACAGUGGCGAGAAGCCCUACCAGUGUCCUGAAUGCAAUAAAACUUUCCGUCUCAAGGGAAAUUUGAAAAGCCACCUGCUCCAGCACAGUGGCAAAAAGCCAUUCUCUUGUAUUAUGUGUGGCAAAAGUUUCACUCAGCAGUACAGGCUCACAGAACACAUGCGAGUCCAUAGUGGUGAGAAGCCCUUCCAGUGUCCAGAGUGUGACAAGAGCUACUGCAUAAGGGGAAGUUUAAAGGUCCAUUUGUAUACACACAGUGGAGAGAGACCCUUCCGGUGUAGUGAGUGUGGCAAGGGCUUUCUACAGAAGAGAAGUUUGAAGGCCCAUCUGUACCAUCACAGUGGUGAGAGGCCUUUUUCUUGUGAUGAGUGUGGAAGGAGGUUCACAUAUGUGGGUGCGCUUAAGACCCACACUGCACUGCAUGCCAAGGAAAGGCCAUCCAGUCUCUAGCUCAAGCCACAUGGUAGUCAUGAAGUGACAUCCUUUUUUUUUUUUUUUUUUAAUUUUAUUUUCCUUAAGACAGAGGCUCACUCUAUUCCCCAGGCUAGAGUGCAAUGACAUCAUCAGAACUCAUAGCAACCUCAAAUUCCUGGGCUCAAGCAAUCCUCCUGCCUCAGCCUCCCAAGUAGCUGGGACUAUAGGUGCCCACCAAAACACCUGCUAAUUUUUCUAUUUUUCAUAGACAUGGAAUCUAGCUGUUGCUCAGGCUGGUCUUGAGCUCCUGAGCUCAAGCGAACUUCCCACCUUGGCCUCCCAGAAUGCUAGGAUUAGAGGCCUGAGCCACCAGGCCUGCCACACAGGGACCAUUUUUAGGUGAAGCCAGCAGCUCUGUUAGCUCAAAUUGAGUCAGGGUAAUGGAUUCUCAGAAUACUGGCUGCAAACAUGCUGGCCAGGUGCAUAGUCAAUUGGACCUGGUCACUCCUUGACAGAAAUUCCACAUGAUCCAGGCAAAGACCUUCAAGGAGGCAUUUCCCUCUGGUAAUCUUCAUAGACGUGGCCUGCUAGACAACAUCUGCUAGCCCAGAAGAUUUUUCCAAUGCCAUCCAAGAGCAUAAUAAUCCCUUCAUUAAAUUCAGAGAUCACAGCCUCAGUGAACAAAUGUUAGAGACAGGAAUGUUUACCGCAUGUUCCUCAGUCAGCUUUUCCUGACCAGGUCUCCUUAUUUUAAUGUCUGUUGAAACCUUGAGUUUUCUCUCAUAGUGGAUUUUCAUUUUCUCUCCAAUGGUGAGAGGACACCUGUUCCUAGGCAGAAUUUCCAACAUAAAUUACCCACAUAAAUGUUACUUCCUUCUGGGUUAAUUUAGAAAUCCACCACUGUGAGUAACAAGCAAUGUUAUUUAUCUGACCCCACUGCAUUUUCUUUUUUUUUUUGAGACAGAGUCUAAAGCUGUCACCCUGGGUAGAGUGUCAUGGCGUCACAGCUCACAGCAACCUCAAACUCUUAGGCUUAAGUGUUGUUUUGCCUCAGUUUCCCAAGUAGCUGGGGACUACAGGUUCCCACCACAACACCUAGCUGUUUUGUUUUUCGUUGGUUUUUUUUUUUUUUUUUUUUUUUUUGUAGAGACAGAGUCUCACUUUAUGGCCCUUGGUAGAGUGCCGUGGCAUCACACAGCUCACAGCAACCUCCAACUCCUGGGCUUCAGCGAUUCUCUUGCCUCAGCCUCCCGAGUAGCUGGGACUACAGGCGCCCGCCACAACGCCCAGCUCGUUGGUUGUUGUUGUUGUUGUUGUUGUUGUAGUUGUCAUUAUUGUUUGGCAGGCCCAGGCUGGAUUCAAACCCACCAGCUCCUGUUUAUGGCUGCUGCCCUAGCUGGUUGAGCUAUAGGCGCCGAGCCCCACUGCAUUUUGAAUGCUGUGUCAAUUCUCAAAGAAAUGUUCUUGCCUUAAUAUUAGGGUAUCUUAAUCUGGGCACAGUGGCUCAUGCGUAUAAACCAAGCACUUUGGGAGGCAGGAGGAUCACUUCAGGCCAGGAGUUUUGAGACCAGCCUGAGCAAGAGUAAGACCCUGUCUUCUACAAAUACAAAAUAAAAAUAAAAAAUUAGCUGGGCAUGGUGGCACAUGCCUGUAAUCCCAGCUAUUUGAAAUACUGAGACAGGAGGAGCACUUGAGCCCAGGAAUUUGAGGUUGCAGUGAGCUAUGAUGACAUCACUGCACUGCAGCCUGGGUGACAGAGUGGAACCCUGUAUCUAAAAAAAAGAAAAGGUCUCUUGAGGAAAACACCAAAGGAAAAAAUAUUGUCAGUCUGUGGCAUCAUUGUUUUUUUUCCUCUGUGACCUGAUCUAUUGUUACAAAGAAAUUUUUCAGGCUAUUCUAGCAAAUCUUAAUCUACCUUUCAGAUUAUCAGUCUUUAACAUUACUCUUAAGAAAAUGUACACCUUUUCUUAGGAAAUCUCAAGGCCCUCAUCAAUUUUGUAUGUUUAGCUUUCAGCAAAUGUGAUCCCAAUUACCUGAAUCAGAGUCAGCUGGGAUUAAGCGCCUUAAAAGGAUUAAUGUCUAUACAAAGAGGACAAAAGUACCAUCCAUGGUUAGUACAGUGCUUGUGCUCAUUGGUGAGUCAGUGG